AUGGCUCUUAAGGCAUGGACUCCGGAUUUUGAUUUCCAAAAUGAAGUUUUAAGGGUGAUUCCUCUUUGGAUUAGAUUGUAUAACCUGCCAGUUAAAUACUGGGGUCCUGAAUGUCUAAGUAGAAUAGGGAGUAUGGUUAGGAUCCCUCUUUUUGUUGAUGAAUGUACUACACAACAACAAAGAGUUCCUUUUGCUCGAAUGUUCGUGGAAGUUGAUGUUACUAAGGAACUGCCUAAGAGUAUUUAUGUUGAGGAUGCUUCAGGGAGAGCUAUUGAGCAAAAAGUGAGCAAGGAGAAAGAAGUGACUAAAGUUACUCAGAAAUUGGUGCUUAAAGUCACUCAACCAAAACCUAGUACUAUUAAAGUGACAACAGUUGUGGCGAACAAUCCGGGCAAGGCUAUGGUUGCCAAUCUAGAUUUUGCUACAGGGGUUGUUCCAUCGACUAAUGUAAGGGAUGUGCAACCCAUUAAUAAUGCAGGGGAUCAAAGGAUUGAUGUUCCUCUAGUUCCGGUGUCGAACAUUGUUACUAGAUGGCAGAAGGGGAAGGAUGCAAUGUUAAUGGAAGGGCCAGCAAUUGUAACUCGUUUAAUGGAUGAGGCUAGGAGUAGCACAUUCACAGUUUCCCCAGAAACUAGAGUUAAAGCUCACAAUAAGGAUAAAGUCUUGAAGAAGUUUGGAAAUACAUGGAACUGGGUGCAUAAAUAUGAAGCUUCAGAUAGAGGUAGGAUUUGGAUUGCUUGGAAUCCUACUGUUGUCACUCUUCAAAUCAUUCACAAAUCUGCUCAAAUUAUUCACUGUUGUGUGACUGAUAAACAUGCUGGAGAUCAAUGGAUGUUUUCUGUGGUGUAUGGUUUGCAUAAUGUGAAGGAUAGGUGUAAUGAUCAGUUAAGAACAUUACUUAUUAAGUAG